UCCAGCGCUCUACACUCAAAGCUUUCAGAAGCUGAAAGCUCCCGCUCUUUUGUGUAUUCUAUUCUGUGUGGCUGAAGGUUGGCUGAAGAUAAACUGAAGUGAAAGGGUGCAGAUCAUUCAUUACUUCUCGAUCAAUGAAGAGCGAGUGACCUUCUUCAGUAGCCAUAAUAAUAAUACGGCGAUCUAGGUGAUGUUGUGAAUAGGGAAAAUCAGAUAAAACACGGACCGGUACAACCGGUCGGUACCUAACACACGACAGUCAUGAUCAUCGCGCUUUAUUGGACUUUUUUGCCUUUGGAUGAUUGCCCAUUGUACUCCAGUUGGGCGUUCGUAUCAUGACCCUGUGGCAGUUGGUACCCAUUGAUAAUUACCCGUGCCAGGAUAUCGUACAGGAUAAUUUUCAUUAACUCGCAGUGCGACCAACGCGCCCCAACUUACUCAUAAAAAUAUAGGUAUAAGUUGUGCCGAUCGUGCAGAUCUUUUAGUUGUAUGAUGCGGUGAUGGUUUUUUACGGUACAACUUUUUCCGGUCCAAUUUACGCCGAUGAGAUUUAUCAGAGACGAUUUUUACUGGUAGAAUAUUUUUCCUGGUAGAAUAUUUUUCCAAGAAUCGUAUAUUAUCUUUUAUACAAGACAUUCACUUGUGGUGGGAUGCUACUAUCUUCUGACUACAAAAAUUCGGCAGGAGUCGCGAGCUGACCGCGCUAGAGCGAGCGCGACCUUGAUUGUCAGCGAGCGAUGCUGCGUGGUCUUUUACUUCAUACAAAUAAUACAGUUGAUUAAGAGUUAAUCAUAAACCGUUAUCAUAUUUUAAAUUGGAUCAUCGCGACUGUGAUUUGCAUACGUUGAAUUAGUCUUUACAUACCAACUGGUAUAAUAGAGACGUUUAAAACAGUUUUUAUAACAACGACGGCGAAAACAGAAGAAAGAAAAUCGAAUAUAACUGAGCUGCAGGGUGCAGGUUGGUUGAAAAAUUGUGGUCAAGUGAAUCAGCGAAGUAAAGUAUGGCGGUGGAAAAACCAUGGCACAAUGAUAAAGGAGUAGAAGAAUUGGGUGCAAUUUAUAAUAAAAAUAUGAGUAUGACCCCUGCAAAGGGAUUUAAUACAGUCGGUUAUUCUCACAAUAAUAAUGACUCGAACAAAUCAUCAUCUUCGCGAUUCUCUAUCAACUAUUACAACUUGACUACGAUAGCAAUCAUAAUGAGAUUUGUGAUUUCAACGCAUCUUCAAGGGUCUUCAGCUUUUGCUUCUACCCCAGCAGCUGCUGGUGCGUCUGAGACUAGCCUUGUACCGCCCAGCUGCGAGUUUGGACAAAUAUCGUGUGGUCAGUACGAGUUCAAUAAAACAUACUGCAUAGAGCCUCAUCAAAGAUGUGACAUGAAAAUUGAUUGCAUCGAUGGCAGCGACGAAGCUGAUUGUUUCACCAAGGAAUGCCCAUCUUUAGGCUGUCAGUAUAAAUGCCAAGCUUCACCAUCCGGAGGUACUUGUUACUGUCCAGAAGGCUAUGUCCUCUCAAAUGAUUCAAGGAUCUGCGUAGAUAGAGACGAGUGCGCGGAAUGGGGGUAUUGUGAACAGAAAUGCCAGAAUACGGAAGGUUCUUACAUCUGCAGUUGUCUUCAUGGAUACACUCUACAAGGUCAUAAUCAAUGCAGAGCCGAGCGUAUAUCUGCGCUCGAAAUUUUACUGGCUCAAGAUCGCACUAUAUCUCGUAUGCCAGCGACAGGAGAGGACAGAAAAAUUAUAGCUAAUACUACUGGAGCCAGUGGCGUCGAUUAUCUGUAUUCUAAAGACCUCCUCUUCUGGAGCGAUGUUAAAACUAGAAAAGUUCAUUCCCAGCCUCUUAACGAUGAUAAUCAAGAAAAUCGUGGGGCGGAUAUUUCUCUCCCAGGAACAUGGGCCCCAGUCGCUAUUGCAAUUGAUUGGAUCGGCGAGAAACUUUAUGUGACGGAUUCCGUGGGUCAAAAAAUCGAUGUCUUUGAACUGGAUGGAAGAUACCACGGUAUUGCAGUUGGAUCGAACCUCACUAGCCCAGCAGACAUUGCUCUAGACCCAACGGUUGGAGUAAUGUUUAUUGCAGAUAACAAUCAGGUUCUCAGAGCCAACAUGGAUGGCACUUUUGCAUUCCCUGUAGCUUCUGGGAAUAUUAACCAAGUCUCAUCUGUUGCCGUUGAUGUUAUAGCGUCCAGAGUUUACUGGGGUGCUUCUACGGUUGGUUUUAUAGAGACUGUGGAUUACCUUGGGCAUGGAAGUAUCACAGUGCUAUCGGCGUAUUACGCCUCUAUGCCAGCUGGGCUUACGCUUUUCGAAAAUAGAAUAUUCUGGGCGGAUAUCAGUAAGUCAGCUGUUAUGAGCAUUAAUAAAACCUUAGGAACUAGCUCGAUUAAGAGUAUAUCCAAGGCAAGCAAUGCAUCUGCAAUCAAAGCUCUGCACCCACUUAUUCAGAUUUCUGUUCCAAAUCCUUGUGGAAACAAUAAUGGUGGAUGUCAGCACAUGUGUAUUGUAACGCCUUCAGACGGACAUGAACCUGGGCUAAGUUAUCGAUGUGCUUGUACAAUAGGAUGGUCACUUGCAAAGGAUUUGAGAAAUUGUAAUUUGGCACAAGAAUUUCUCAUUUAUUCGCAGAACAGAUUCAUCAAGGGGAGAGUUCUUGAUCCGAUAAUGGACGGAUUCAACGAUGCCAUUCUUCCCGUUGUUUCUAAAAGAGCAAGAUUCGUUGGGGUUGAUUACGAUGCCUAUGAUCAGUACAUUUACUACAGUGAUGUUCUUCAAGACGUCAUUCACAGGGUUCAUCAGAACGGAACUCGCGGAGAAAUUGUUUUCGCUAGUCAAAACGCGGCUAUUGAAGGUCUUGCAGUUGAUUGGGCAGCCAAGAACUUAUAUUACAUUGACUCUAGAAAAGGAACUCUCAAUGUUCUCAGUACCAGAAAUGUAACGCACAGAAGAACUCUGCUAAGAAACCUGAAGAGACCCAGAGCUAUUGUCGUCCAUCCUAAUCAAGGGUAUAUUUUUUUCUCUGAAUGGGAUAUGCCGGCGAAUAUUAGCAGAGCUCAUACAGAUGGUUCGAAUUUAAUCACCUUCAAAAAUCUCACUCUUGGAUGGCCCAACGGUCUUGCUAUAGAUUUCAAAGACGACAGACUUUAUUGGUGUGAUGCUCUACUAAAUCAUGUUCGACAUUCUAAUCUGGAUGGUAGGGAUGUCAAGACAGUGAAUUCCAGGCUCAUAACGCACCCGUUUGGGAUAGCUAUCCAUGAAGAGUGGAUGUAUAUCACAGAUUGGAAAUUAGAGGCUAUCGUCAAACUACACAAGGAAACGGGGGAACAGGAAGUUGUCCUCGUUAGAGAACCUGCGACGAACAGACUCUACGGGGUAAAAGUUUUCAGUCGCAAUGUUCAGAAACGGGUGCAUACACAUCCCUGUAUGAUCAACAAUGGAGGAUGUGAGAAACUAUGUUUCGCUAUACCGAAUAAUUCAUCUUCCGAAUUCGGUGAACCACAUCUGUCUGGAAUAUGCGGCUGUCCAUAUGGGGAAAGACUUGAGGAUAAUCAGAGAACUUGCAGUGCCGAUCCAGACGCGGAACCCCCGUUACAAGCCUGUCCAAAUGCCUGGGAUUUCACUUGUACCAAUCAGAGGUGCAUUCCCAUGUCUUGGACUUGCGACGGAGAGGACGAUUGCCUGGAUAAUAGUGACGAGGAACGAAAUUGUACAAAAAGUACGUGUGGGACGCGUCAAUUCCAGUGUAAAUCUGGCCGUUGUGUCCCUAUGACCUUUAAAUGUGAUAGAGAAAAUGAUUGCGGCGAUUCCAGCGACGAAGAAGGGUGUCCGAAUGUAACUUGCAGCGCAAGUCAUUUUUCUUGCAACAAUCGGAACUGCAUUCCCAAAACAUGGGUUUGCGAUGGAGAGGACGAUUGCGGGGAUAAUAGUGACGAGAAGGAAAAUUGCAAAUAAAUCAUUUGGAGUACUGUGUUCUCGACCGCAGUAUCAGAUGGUAUCAGCAAGUUGAAAUGGUUGAAAGUUCAUAUCCGCGGAUUUAGUCUGUGACCUUAAAAUGAAAGCGACAAAAACUCACGACUUGAUA